ACCAAACAGCCGCUCCCCCUUCCUCCCCAAAUCGAAUCAAAAUAAUGUCAGACAACAUCCCUUUUGAGCUUCAAACGGAAAUCAUUCGGAGAAUCCCAGAUACAAAAUCGCUGAUUCAGUUCAGAUCGGUCUCAAAGGCAUGGAAAUCUGUAAUCGAUAGCAAGGAGUUUGUUAAGGCUCAUACCCUCCGCCAUCAUCAGGCGCACAAUCGUCAUCAUCUUCUUAUAAGGACAAAAGAUUGCGAAGGUUGUGAAGAUUGCACAGGAGAUAUACCUAUUUCGAAACAUUGCGAUCAUUGCAAUUAUACACCUGUAGAAUAUUAUUCCAUUGUCGAUGAUGAAAGUUUCCCUCAUCAAAAGGUUAGUGUGUUUGUUCCCGAUUUAGUUGAGGAAUUUAGUGAUAAUUCAGUAACAAUCGUUACUUCUCAUGGCUUGUUUUGCUUUUAUGAAUAUGGAAUGGAUUCCGCGGUUAUCUGGAAUCCUUGUAUUAGAAAAACCGUUGCCAUUCCGGUACCUGACAAAAGCGGACGGUACUAUACGACUACUAUUGGUUUUGGUGUUUGUCCUCAGAAUCUUGAACCUAAGCUUGUCAAGAUUACAUAUGUUGAUGAUUUGAGUAGAUUACAAGAUGUUAAUGCUAGCACCCAAGUUGAGGUAUUUACGUUAUGCUCGGGUGGGACUUGGAGAAGUCGAUUAAGUGGCAACCUUCCUCAUAUAUCCAUUGAUUUUGGAGAUUCUCAGGCAGUUGUAGAUGGGUUUGCCUAUUGGGAUGCCGUUGAUAGGAUCCACGUGGAUGAUAGAACAAAGAAUCCCAAUCUUAUCAUGUCAUUUGAUUUGACAACUGAAGAAUUCUCCAAAGUAAACCUCCCUGAUUCUUUAGCACUCAACCAUAAAGCUCGUUUGUCCCUAUGUAACCUAAGGGAGUCUCUUGCUGUUCUUGAUUGUAAGAUCAAUAGUCUGUAUGAUCCAGAAAAUUAUCAUGUAUGGAUAAUGAGUGGGCAUGGUUGUACUAGAUCCUUUGAUAAGAUGUACUCCAUUAACGCACCCGGUGCAUCGAUAUAUACAACACUGGGUUUCCGAAAGAGUGGUGCACCUAUAAUCGAAGUGGAUAAUGACAAGGAAGAUUAUUAUAGACAUGAGCGUGCACUUGCUAUCUAUGAGCCGGAAUCAAAAAACAUCACUAACAUCGGAGUUUAUGGAUUAUGUCGUAGCUUUUAUGUGCAUUCUUACAUGGAAACACUACUUUUGCAUGGUCGUUGAGACAUAGGACCAAGGUAAUGACCACAUUGCAAAGGUGCAUUUGAAUAGAGGACCUCUGUAAGGUGCAAGCAAAGUUCUGGAAAUUCGAGAACAAGUUUCAUGCAGAUUAAAAGUUAAGAAAUUUUCAAACUCUUUGCAAAUAGCUCUAUGCUUUUGUUAACUGUGAGAUCCAUGUUUAUCAUUAGAUAUGUUGAAUCUUACUUCAGUGUAAAGAUUAUGCACUAUUACUUUGUUGACCAUUAAUUGUUAUUUUUGGUAUUUUUGCUUCAA